CGGCCCGGUACGGUUCUGUUACCCCGUCGUGUCAGAGGGUCCGCUUUCGUGAUGGGAGCUCACUGCCGCGGUAAUAUCGGUGGGAGCCAUCGGUAGCCGAUUUCCAACGCCGAUAUACCAUUCUCAGUGUUAUCCGUGUGGUACUAGCCUUGCCUUUCCGGGGGUGCGAGCGGGCGUGCGUAAAGAGAGGGGUGUAAAGAGCAGGGCGGGAGUGCGUGAGUGCAGGGGAGGACAGGGCAGUGACACACAGACAAAAAUACUCCAAGGCCAAUUUGAUACGGGGAUUUGAUACGAUGCCGAAGACUUGAUUAGAAAACGAAAUUAGUCAGUGUGAGAGAGCUGAGGGAAAAAUUAGCUGGUACAAAAUUCCAGCUCGAUGGUAUUAUCGUUGUUGCCCGCGACUGGGGUAGUUCCGAGACGUCAUCGCCCUUCUUUCAGUAAAAACAAACACGCCUGCAUCGCAUGCGGAAGAUUGGAUUCGUUUACGCUUUCCGCACGUUAGAGGUGAAUAUCGGUUCGCAAUUGACGGUAGUCAAUGUUGAUGUAAUAGAGAGUAAAAUUUAUGCAAGGGAAACGUAAUAAAUGGAAGAACAUAGUCUUUUAGAAGUCUGAUUAUUUAUCUCGAGGCUCGGGGAAAAAAAGAAAAAAAGAAAAAAAAAAUAGAAAUCUGUUUUGCUUCUCGUCCUUUCCCUCGAAAGGCAAAUAAAUUUUUAAAAUUUUCAUCCCCCGGAAACGAGUCGCGAGUCAAGAUAACGCCGCGGGAAGAUCGCCCUGAAUCAGUCCGAAUGAAGAACGAGAUUUUUCCACGCGGAGUUUUAUUCCCGAAGAGACGGCAAGUAACUUGCUGAAAGAAAGUUACCGCGUCAAGCGUUCCAGCCGUAUACAACUUUUGACAUACAAUUCUGACAAUAUGUCUGGGAACUACUCGUUGCGCUGCGAGCCGGGCCUAGUGAUACCGCUCUGGCGUCCGGAGAACAACUUGCAUCUAAUCGACAUCAUCUUCCGGGGUCUGGUGUACUUUUUUUUGCUGUUAUACCUGUUCAUCGGCGUGUCGAUCAUCAGCGAUCGUUUUAUGGCUGCCAUCGAGGUGAUCACGUCCAAGGAGAAAGAAUUGGUGGUGCGUCGUCAUGGAAGGGAGCCGCAGAUCAUCGUGGUGCGAGUGUGGAAUGAAACGGUAGCCAAUCUGACUUUAAUGGCGCUCGGUAGUAGUGCUCCUGAGAUCUUGCUGUCCAUCAUUGAAAUUUGGGCGAAGAACUUUCAAGCGGGUGAGCUGGGCCCGGGCACGAUCGUUGGCUCCGCCGCUUACAAUCUCUUUGUUAUCAUUUCCUUGUGCGUCUUUGUGAUUCCCAAUGGCGAGACCCGGAAGAUAAAACACCUGCGCGUUUUCUUCGUCACCGCCACUUGGAGCAUCUUCGCCUACGUAUGGCUCUACGUUAUCCUGGCGGUUUCCAGUCCCGGUGUACUGGAGAUCUGGGAAGGCAUCUUGACCUUCGCCUUCUUCCCAGCCACAGUAUUGACGGCUUACGUUGCUGAUCGACGACUGUUGAUUUACAAGUAUCUGCACAAAGGUUACCGAAUGAACAAGCGGGGUGUAAUCGUGCAGGCGGAGGCUGGGGAUUCCGAGAUGGGGGUGGAGCUGGAGAUCAAGCCUCAGCAAGAUGGUUUUCACGGCAUGGUGGACCGCCUAGCCGACGGCGAUUCCCCCGAAGCGAAAGAGUUCGAGCAAACUCGCCGAGAUUACAUCAAUACGUUAAAGGAAUUGCGUAAAAAGUACCCUACUUUGGCUCUGGAACAAUUGGAAGUCAUGGCUCACGAGGAGGUGUUGGGAAAAGGUCCUAAGAGCAGGGCCUUUUACAGGGUGCAGGCUACGAGGAAGAUGGUAGGCGCGGGCAACCUCAGCAGGAAGAUCAGCGAAAGAGCGCAGAGCGACCUUAGCGAGGUCAAGGCCGAGUUGCAGAAAGCUGAAGCGGAGAGUAUCGAUAUCGAACAUGUCAACGCCAUGAGAGUAUUUUUCGAACCUGGUCAUUAUACUGUGAUGGAGAACGUUGGGAGCUUUGAAGUGGGCGUUUCCAGGGCUGGAGGUGAUCUCAGCAGACCCUGCACUGUAGAUUACUGCACCGAAGAUGGCUCCGCUGAAGCGGGAUCUGAUUAUGUGAGUGCCAAGGGCACUCUGACUUUUGAGCCUGGCGAGACCAUGAAGACUAUCAAGCUUUCAGUUAUCGAUGACGAGUUGUUCGAGGAGGAUGAACAUUUUUACGUGAGGCUUAGUAAUGUAUCACAACCAGCAAUGCUUGUCUCGCCGAGCUUGGCAACGGUAAUGAUUCUGGAUGACGAUCACAGCGGCAUUUUUGGGUUUCCCGAGAGAGAUGUAGAACUAGUGGAGAGCGUGGGUCAGCAUCCUCUGCGGGUAGUGCGCUAUAGUGGGGCCCGAGGUCGCGUUAUUAUCCCUUAUCGUACUAUGGAGGGCACUGCGAAGCCUGGCAAGCAAUAUGUGCAUACCGAAGGCAGCUUGACGUUUGAGGAUAAUCAGACAGAAAAAGUUAUCAACCUGGAAAUUAUCGAAGAGGACUCCUAUGAGAAGGAUGCUCUUUUCUAUGUCGAAUUGGGCGAGCCGGUGCUGCAAGGAGCGGAAGCAGGAAUCGCUGCAGCGGCGGAGCUGAAGCAGCCGGAGGAAAGAACGGAAGAGGAGAAAAUGGCACUGUUGGGCAGACCGCGCUUAGGUGAAGUGUUCCGAGCGCAAAUCAGGAUUAAAGAAUCCAAGGAGUUCAAGAACACUGUGGAUAAACUUGUCCAGCGAGCAAAUGCCUCCAUAAUACUCGGCACAAGUUCAUGGAAAGAACAAUUCAUGGAAGCGCUGACCGUCAGUAGGGGUGAUGAAGAUGACGCUGAGGGUGAAAACGGUCAACCUUCCUCACCAUCCGUAAUGGAUUAUCUUAUGCACUUUCUUACCAUCUUCUGGAAGGUUCUUUUUGCCUUCGUUCCACCCACAGAUAUCGCCGGCGGUUAUUUGUGCUUUAUCGUCAGCAUUCUGGGGAUUGGCGUGGUCACGGCGAUAAUCGGCGACGUUGCCUCGUAUUUCGGUUGUACUUUGGGCAUCAAGGAUUCCGUCACCGCGAUUGUUUUCGUCGCCCUCGGUACCAGCAUUCCCGACACGUUCGCGAGCAAAGUGGCCGCCUGUCAGGACAAGUAUGCCGACGCGAGUGUGGGCAAUGUGACUGGAAGUAACGCGGUAAACGUCUUCCUGGGAAUCGGCGUCGCGUGGAGUAUCGCCGCCAUUUACCGUGCUUGCCACAGCGAACCGUUCCUUGUCGAACCUGGCAAUUUGGCCUUCUCCGUCACCUUGUUCUGUAGCGAGGCUUGCUUCGUGAUCGUGGUGCUGUUGGUGAGACGAGUCAAGUCGAUCGGCGGUGAAUUGGGCGGACCUUUUAUACCAAAGCUCAUCACGUCCGUGUUCCUGUUCUCCCUUUGGCUGCUCUACCUCAUCAUGUCCACCCUUGAGGCCUACGGCGUGAUCCAGGGUUUCUAAACCAAGGCCAAUGCGACGCCAUGUCGGCCUAUCCACUACGUAUAUCUUAGCUCUGGCGUCCGCCAAGGCACGUGCUCAACGAAAUUAUUAACCGGACACAGAAGCGGUCUCGGGACGAUACGAUUUCGCGAAGAACGAACUUUAAUUGUGCCGGAAACUCACAUAAGUUCAUCCUCUGAGACGAUUAACAACGAACAUGUCGCGUGACGUAUUAAAUGGAUAUGUGUAUGUAUAUGUAUGCAUGUAUAGGUAUCUGAGAACAUGGGAGUGCUUGCGAGAAAGAGAGAGAGAGAGAGAGAGAGAGAGUGUAUGUGUGUGUGUGUGUGUGUCCAGUAAAGAGAAGAAAGCAAAUCGAUGGAGAGAAGGACAAGCGACGAAGGGAAAAGAAAAAACUAAGAAGAGAAGUGCGCGUGCGAGAAAAAAAUGUGAGCUUGCCUUAAAAUAAUUCAAAGGAAGAAAGAAGUAAGUGCGUUCUAGUCAUGUCAUAUUCCCCGCAAAAGAAAACAUUUGGCUGUUAUAAAAAAAAAAA